AGCCAUCACGAGUAUUAUGUCAGACUGGAAAAAGUACAAUCUAUCCAAAAAAAAAAAAAAAAAAAGGUUUGUAUAUUCAUCCUAACAAUAGUUAUCAGUUCUCCUGUACACUCAUACAUUAAAAAAAUAGAGCAAAAACAUCAAUGGAAGAAGACAAAAUCACCAACACCAUUGAACUCCAAGACCCUUUAGAUUACCCAAAACAAGCAUGGACACAUUUCCAAUUAGUCCAUCAAAAAUCACCAUUAAUCCAAUGUAUAACAAACUUUGUUUCAAUGGAUUUCAUGGCCAACACUUUAUUAUCUGCUGGUGCAUCACCUGCAAUGAUUCAUUCAGUUGAUGAAAUCCCUGAAUUUACUCCUAAGGCACUUGGAGUUUGCAUAAAUGUUGGAACACUUACACCUGACUGGUUACCUGGUAUAAAGCUGGCUGCACAAGUGGCAAAUCAGUUCAAGAAACCUUGGGUUCUUGAUCCUGUUGCUGCUGGUGGAUCAAGUUUUAGGUUGAAGGCGUGUUUGGAGUUGCUUGGUUUGAAGCCUAGUGUUGUUAGAGGCAAUGCUUCUGAGAUACUUGCUCUUUUUAAAGGUUGUGUAGACUCUACUUCCAAGGGUGUGGAUAGUGUCCACGGUUCAAGUGAUGCUGUUGAAGCCGCAAAGUCCCUUGCUCAACAAACUGGUUGUGUAGUUGCUGUUUCUGGAGCUAUUGACUAUAUCACAGAUGGAGAUAGGGUCGUCUAUGUGUAUAACGGGGUUCCUAUGUUGCAAAAAAUUACUGCAUCUGGAUGUUCCGUCACUGCUCUCAUUACUGCCUUUGUCGCAGUUGAUCCAUCCCAUGCUGUUGAAGCAACAGCUUCUGCAUUGGCUAUCUUUGGUGUCGCGAGUGAGACAGGGAUGGACAUGGCUAGAGGUCCAGGUUCACUGCGGACGCUAUUGAUUGAUUCAUUAUAUGGACUUGAUGAAGCUACUGUACUUGGUCGCGUCAGAAUCAACCACCUUUAAUGCUCAGAGGAGAUAUGAAUGCAUACUUGGUCAGCUAAUGUUAUUUUACUUGGUAGAUUUUUCACAUCCUUCAACCCUUUAUAAAAGCAUGUCUUUUCAAGAAUCAGACUGAUAUUCGUUGUCAUUCCUGUCGAAACUGGUCUUAGCAUAGAUUUUCAUCGUGGCUUAACCGCCUAAGCAUACGUAAUAGUUUGUGGCUUGGUACCCUACUUGUAUCACUUGUUUGUUGUAAACUUCAUAAAAGAGAAAAGAGGCAUUUUUCGAUGGAUAA